CAUUUGUUGGAUAGAAAAAGAAAGACAGAAGGUGAGGGACUUGUGUGAGUUAGCGGAGAGAGAGAGAAAAAUAGAGUUAGCAGCGAGAGAGAUACAGUGAAGCCGGGGGACCGUUAAUUUCAUCCACACGGUCUUGAGCGUGCGGGAGACGGUAAAGUACUGCUGCAACAUCACCUCCGGUCCACCGCCGAGUACCGUACCGGGGAACACAGGAGCGCGAGGAAGUAUAAUCCAUGCCUACUUUCGACAUGGACCCGUAUGACGGAGAUGAAAACGAUUAUAUGCCUCAGGAAGAUGACUGGGACCGGGAUAUGCUGUUGGACCCGGCGUGGGAGAAACAGCAGAGAAAGACGUUCACGGCCUGGUGUAACUCCCACCUAAGGAAAGCCGGAACGCAGAUCGAGAACAUCGAGGAGGACUUCAGGGACGGACUGAAACUCAUGCUGCUGCUGGAGGUCAUAUCAGGCGAACGCUUGGCCAAACCAGAGAGAGGGAAGAUGAGAGUCCACAAGAUCUCCAACGUCAACAAAGCUCUCCACUACAUCACCAGUAAAGGAGUCAAGCUGGUGUCCAUCGGAGCUGAGGAGAUCGUUGACGGCAACGCUAAAAUGACCCUGGGAAUGAUCUGGACCAUAAUCCUUCGCUUCGCCAUCCAGGACAUCUCUGUGGAAGAAACAUCAGCUAAAGAGGGUCUUCUUCUGUGGUGCCAGAGGAAGACUGCUCCUUACAAGAACGUCAACAUUCAGAACUUUCACAUUAGCUGGAAAGAUGGGUUGGGAUUCUGUGCUCUCAUUCACAGACACCGUCCAGAGCUCAUUGACUAUGGCAAGCUACGCAAGGAUGACCCCAUGACCAACCUGAACACGGCCUUCGACGUGGCAGAGAAGUACCUGGACAUCCCCAAGAUGUUGGACGCUGAGGACAUCGUGGGCACGGCCCGCCCGGAUGAGAAGGCCAUCAUGACCUACGUAUCUAGCUUCUACCACGCCUUCUCUGGUGCUCAAAAGGCGGAGACAGCGGCCAAUAGGAUCUGCAAGGUGUUGGCUGUGAACCAAGAGAAUGAGCAGCUGAUGGAGGACUACGAGAAGCUGGCUAGUGAUCUCUUGGAGUGGAUCCGUCGCACCAUCCCCUGGCUGGAGAACCGUGCCCCAGAGAACACCAUGCAGGCUAUGCAGCAGAAGCUGGAAGACUUCAGGGACUAUCGCCGCCAACACAAACCCCCCAAGGUCCAGGAGAAGUGCCAGCUGGAGAUUAACUUCAACACCCUGCAGACCAAGCUGAGGCUGAGCAACAGGCCUGCCUUCAUGCCUUCUGAGGGGAAGAUGGUGUCAGACGUCUCUAACGCGUGGGGCGGUCUGGAGGGGGCGGAGAAGGGUUAUGAGGAGUGGCUCCUCAACGAGAUACGUCGGCUGGAGAGACUCGACCACCUGGCCGAGAAGUUUCGGCAGAAAGCAGCCAUCCACGAAGCCUGGACUGAAGGUAAGGAGGAGAUGCUGCAGGCGCGGGACUUUGAGACGGCCUCUCUGUCUGAGAUCAAGGCUCUGCUGAAGAAACAUGAGGCCUUCGAGAGCGACCUGGCUGCGCACCAGGACCGCGUAGAGCAGAUAGCUGCCAUCGCACAGGAGCUAAAUGAGCUAGACUACUAUGACUCCCCCAGUGUGAAUGCUCGAUGCCAGAGGAUAUGCGACCAAUGGGAUGCCCUAGGAGCCCUGACCCAGAAACGAAGCGAGGCCCUGCAGAGAACUGAGAAGCUUCUGGAGACCAUAGACCAGUUAUAUCUCGAGUUUGCCAAACGAGCUGCUCCGUUCAACAACUGGAUGGAGGGCGCCAUGGAGGACCUGCAGGACACCUUCAUCGUCCACACCAUAGAGGAAAUACAGGGUCUCAGUACAGCCCAUGAGCAGUUUAAGGCCACUCUCCCUGAGGCGGAUAAGGAACGCGGUGCCAUCCUGGGCAUUCACAAUGAGAUCGCCAAGAUAGUGGCCACCUACCAUGUGAACAUGGCCGGCACCAACCCCUACACCACCAUCAACCCUCAGGAGAUCAACGCCAAGUGGGACAAGGUGAGACAGCUGGUGCCACAGAGGGACCAGGCUCUGAUCGAAGAGCACGCCCGGCAGCAGAACAACGAGCGUCUCCGCAGGCAGUUCGCCAACCAGGCCAACGUCAUCGGGCCCUGGAUCCAGACCAAGAUGGAGGAGAUUGGUCGUAUCUCCAUCGAGAUGCACGGAACCCUGGAGGAUCAGCUGACCCACCUCCGCCAAUACGAGAAGAACAUUGUCAACUACAAGCCAAAGAUCGACCAAUUGGAGGGAGACCACCAGCUGAUUCAGGAAGCUCUCAUCUUCGACAACAAGCACACCAACUACACCAUGGAGCAUAUCCGUGUGGGCUGGGAGCAGCUCCUGACCACCAUCGCCAGAACCAUCAAUGAGAUCGAGAACCAGAUUCUGACGAGGGACGCCAAGGGCAUCAGCCAGGACCAGAUGAACGAGUUCAGAGCCUCCUUCAACCACUUCGACAGGGACCACUCGGGCACUCUGGGGGCUGAGGAGUUCAAGGCCUGCCUGAUCAGUCUGGGCUUCGAUAUCGCCAACGAUGCACAGAAGAAAACAGGGAUGAUGGAAGCGGAAGACUUCAAAACCUGCCUUAUCUCCCUCGGUUACAACAUGGGUGAAGCGGAAUUCUCUCGCAUCAUGAGCAUCGUCGAUCCCAACCGGGUGGGCGUGGUCACGUUCCAGUCCUUUAUUGACUUCAUGUCCCGGGAGACGGCCGAUACUGACACCGCUGACCAGGUCAUUGCCUCCUUCAAGGUCCUGGCUGGGGACAAGAACUUCAUCAUGGCCGAUGAGCUUCGUCGUGAGUUGCCUCCUGAUCAGGCAGAUUACUGCAUCGCACGCAUGGCGCCCUACUCCGGCACCGACGCCGUACCCGGCGCCCUGGACUACAUGUCCUUCUCCACCGCACUCUACGGAGAGAGUGACCUCUGAGUCACCUUUGGGUGACCUUUGACCCCUGACCUGGGAGGUUAUGCCUUAUGAGGUCACUCACCAGUCUACCUGCUCUCACCACCGCCCGCAAGACCAUCCUACUGUCCUUCCAGUGAGCACAAGACGUUGAAAAUGUAUUUUUAGUUGAAAAGACAUCAAAAAUACAUAUUUAUGGUUGAAAAUAUGUUGAAAAUAUGUCAUUUGUGUUAGAAAAUAUGUUUAAAAAAAUAUGUAUUUUUGGUUGAAAAGACGUCAACAUCUUGUUCUCACUGGGCCAUCACUGCAGUCCUGUUCUAGCCUGGGUCCCAGAUCUGUUGGUGAUGUCUUACCAUCUCCUUUUUCACUCAUCGUUGUCACGCCAGUUUGGCAAAACAGCACAGACAGAUCUGGCACCAGGCUAGCUCUGCUCUACAACACUCAGAACAUGUUUCUAUGUCCCUGGCCUUAUCUUAUAUGUCAUAAUCAUCCUGUCUGCUCCCUCCUCCUUUUUCACCCCUCCCUCCUUCCUUCCACCUCCAUCGCCCUUACCUCCUUACUAGUGUAGGGUGAAUUUGCCCCAGGACGCUGAUUUUGGGUCUGUUUUUAGCAUUUUCCCCCACUAAUGGUUAAGGUUAGGACUGGGAGAGGGGACACUGAUUCUAGAUCUGUUGCCUCGGGGGGAAACUUCACCCCUUCCUUCCUUCCCCACUCCCUCCCUCACACUCUGCCUCAGAUCUACUUGCUUCCUGUGCAAUGCAGCAAAUCUCUCCAGGUUUAACAAAGAGGAUGAGAAAUGUGUUUUUUUUUUCUUCCUUGUUUUUCAUUUCUUUCUUGUUAUGUUUUUCUUCAUAAAAUGAAUAAAGUUAACAUAUUUUAUUAUACAGAACAAAAAAAGGUAUUUUUCUUCACCUGAUUAAAAAAAAAAAGAAACAAAAAUGGAAAUAAAGAAAUAUUCUAUACUUUC